GUUCCUUUCUUCAGUAGGGAAUGUUUUUGAGGUUAGAUGUAGCAUUUUACCCUAGUGUCUAUGAUUGAUCUCCGGAUUCGUUCCACUCAGAAACGCAGGAUGUGCUCCUGCCCACACCUGAAAGACUUUAAAAAGGCUGAUGGCUUCAAAGUCUUUCGUAAAGUCCACGCGCAUUUCGUCUGCUGCGGUUCUCGCGAGGCAAGGAAACGAAAGGCAAGCUUGUGUCACUGUCACGAAUGUGGAACAUAUUCAAGUCGUCUCCAUUCCUGUCUUUUGUGCGUAUAUUUUGGUUGCUAUACCGGAAACCGGCACAUUCACCAUCACGCAAAAUCCACCGGUCAUUCUUUAGCUUUGGAUCUGACUCAUGGCGUAAUCUACUGCUUCGUGUGCAGAGACAAUGUAUACGAUCUGGAUUUGGAGAAGAUUCGUGUCGAGCAAACCAGCAGAGCUUGGAAAACCUUAGGUAAGAGCUUUUUAGAUGAUGCACCAGACAAGGACAUCUUGGUUCCUAAUAAUCCCAACAGAUGUAACUGUAUCAUUGAUAGAAUAUUUACUGGUGGCCUGCAGUCAGAUGUGACAUGUCAAGCUUGCAAGUGUGUUUCAACCACCAUUGAUCCUUUCUGGGAUAUUUCUCUAGACCUUGGAAAUGUUGAUCAUAGUAAUGGAAGAAGCAGUUCUGGUGCGUCAGCUGCAUCAACUCCAGACCCCACCCCUCCAGAUGAAAAUGGUCAAUCAGCCCCAGAGAACAAUCAUCAUGAUGAAAGCUUUGUUCCCAAAUCACUUAUUGAAUGCUUGAGAAGAUUUACAAGACCCGAAAGGCUUGGUAGUGAAGCAAAAAUAAAAUGUAGUCAAUGCCAGACAUACCAGGAAUCUACCAAGCAGUUAACAAUGAAGAAAUUGCCUAUAGUAGUUUGUUUUCAUUUUAAGCGUUUUGAACAUUCAAAGAAAUCCAAGAAAAUUUCAACGUACAUCCCUUUCCCGCAACAACUAGACAUGGCUCCAUUUAUGGCAUCAAGAUUGAAUGGUAAUGUUGAUCACAGUCAGCCCACCUUCCCAUGUGAUGCGAAGUAUACUUUAUUUGCUGUCGUGAACCACAGUGGUACAUUAGAAGUUGGUCACUAUACGUGUUUCAUUCGUCAACAGCAGCAGUGGUUUAAAUGCGACGAUGCAUGGAUCACGAAAGCUACGUUGGAUGACGUACUUCAGAGCGAAGGAUAUCUACUUUUCUACCACAAGAAAGUCCUUGAAUACGAAUGACUGCGUAGAAGUGUAAAAAAAGUCAGAUCAAAGAGUCAGAUCAAAUAAGAUUAUCACCAUGUUCUUUCAUAAAUUACCCAAAAAAUUGUACAUUUUGAUCAAUACUGUUUUCAUGUCAAUGCUUCAAGUGAAACAAGCCUCCCUGCCGUUUUGGUCGAAGAACCCAUGAAGGCUCCACACAAAUUACUUUCUUGGCAAAAGUGGUUGUGCAAAUCUACUCUUUUGCUCAGCUGUCAAAAGUCUCUUAAAACGUUCGGUCUCUAAUCUUCAAGGGACAAUAAAACUUGGAUCUUGUUAUCGAAAGGACUUUUAAAUUUGACCAAUAAUUUUCGUCAUCGGAAGGAGACAUUGUGCAAAACUCGUUUUAUAAAUUUUGAAUACACUUACUAUGCAAGCUUUACAGCGUUUCAAAUGAUAAUAUAAUUGGAAAAUCCCAUGCUUUUUGUUGAAGAAAUUAUCACCCUUUUUGAAAGUGAAAAUAUGAUUUUACACAAGAACUAGUGACACUAAGUGUCAUUUCCCUUACUUGUCACAUAAAAUCUCUUCAGUUGUGGGAGAAUAAGCAAACCUUUUAUUCCAUGUAAUUGCUUUCAAGCCCCCAACUCUAUCAUUUUCUCAUUUUCUUUAAUUAGUUUGAUAACUUAAUUUCUUACAUAAUACAAAGUUGUUAAUGAAUAAUAGAUUUAUAAAAAUUAUUUGGUAUUAAUAUGUAGGAAUGUAUUUAUUUGAGGUGCUUUCGCUGUGAAACAAUGUUUUUUUUCCGGUACUCUCCGAUUAUCAAAUAAAAAACAACUUUGAGAACA